AAGGGACUAACUGCCUCCAGGAUUGUGUAUUCUUUCUCUGAGCUGGAUUACAACUUUCCUGGAAAACCAUCUAGGGGUCCUGGGGGAAAAAAUCAUUAAGAGCAGAUUUUUCUAUUGAUGUCAUCAACCUAGACCUAGAAAUGGUUGGCAUCAAGCCCAAAGACGCGGUGCCCUCUGCGGCAGUUAAAUUCUUCGGAGCAGGUAUGGCGGGCUGCAUUGCUGACCUCAUCACCUUUCCAUUGGAUACCGCCAAAGUCAGACUACAGAUUCAGGGAGAGUCUCAGAAAGUUGAAGGGGCCAAUGCAGUGAAGUAUCGUGGAGUGUUUGGCACCAUCACCACCAUAGUGCGCACAGAGGGGCCCAGGAGCCUUUACAGUGGACUGGUGGCAGGACUCCAGAGGCAGAUGAGCUUCGCCUCAGUCCGAAUUGGCCUCUAUGACUCCAUGAAGCAAUUCUACACUCGAGGCACUGAGAGUGCCGGGAUUGUUACUCGGCUCAUGGCAGGAUGUACCACGGGAGCCAUGGCUGUGGCUUUUGCUCAACCAACAGAUGUGGUGAAGGUGCGCUUCCAAGCCCAGGUGCGGCUGGCUGACGGUGGGAGGAGAUACAACAGCACCCUGGAUGCCUACAAGACGAUUGCCCGAACUGAGGGAGUACGGGGCCUUUGGAAAGGUUGUAUGCCCAACAUCACCCGUAAUGCGAUUGUAAACUGUGCAGAGCUGGUGACCUAUGACAUGAUCAAAGAACUCAUCCUGAAGUAUGACCUAAUGACAGACAACCUGCCGUGUCACUUCACGGCUGCCUUUGGUGCAGGCUUCUGCACAACGGUAGUGGCUUCUCCUGUGGAUGUGGUCAAAACGCGGUUCAUGAAUUCGGCAGACGGCCAGUACAGGAGCGCUACCAGCUGUGCUCUCACCAUGGUGAAAAAUGAAGGACCCAGCGCCUUCUAUAAAGGGUUCAUGCCUUCUUUCUUGCGACUGGGGUCGUGGAACAUUGUGAUGUUUGUGACAUAUGAACAAAUUAAAAGAGGUAUGACCAGGACACAGCAGUACUGGGAGUCGCCGCUUUGACCUCAGCUUGACUACUUUUUUAGACGGGACUGCACAGACACAACGGCCUAACCUUCACCACGAUGCAGUGGUGACCCGGGGUUGGAAAAGGGUGUCAUGAAGCUCUACAACUUAAAUAAACAGACUCUGAGAGCAUCGUUGCAAUAACAAAAUGAUGCAUGUAUGAAGAGACAUUUUAUGGAUUGUAAUGGAGAGCACCUCUAUCAGAAAAUGCUGAUUGAGGAGUGAAAGACGGAUGUGCAAUUGUAAUUCCACAGGGUUACUGUAUGUUUGAUCUCUUUUCCAGAUACUGUAUAUAGGCUACUAAAACCUUGAUCAGCUUGCUGUUACAUAACUUUGAAGAUGGAUGUUUACAAGAAUGAACUGUGAGAUAAUGUGAGCAAUGUUACGGUGUCAUUUUAUUUGUUAUUCAGGGUAGGUUUUCC